CGAAAAAGUUGACAGUUUGCGCCCGUGAUGUGAGCGAAGAAAGGAGAUCUCAGGAAAAAGAUGAUUUUAUCGCGAAAUAGACAUUUUUUGAGCUCAAAAGGGAGAGAAUUUGGUACAAGGGUCAUAGCUGGAGUAUUCCAGAAUGAGAAACUUGGAAAUCAAUUAAGGGAAGCUGCGAGAGAAGCUUCAAAAGUUCGACUAACCUCAAAAAUUUUUGGGUCUUCCGGACGGGCUUUUUCCACUGCCCCAUCUGCGCUGUUGGUGGACAAUAAAAUUGAAUCUGGUAGCUUACCACAGUCUGCAGAUGUUGUGAUAUACGGUGCAAGUAUUAUCGGAGCGUCGGUGGCGUACAAUUUGGCAAAGGCAGGAAUGGGCUCACAGAUUGUCCUCCUGGAUCAGGACACUAUAUCGGAUGGACGUGUAUGGCAGGAGACUAGUGGACUAGUCGGUGCUUUCAAGCCCACUCUCACACAAGUCAAAUUAGUGCAGAAAUCCAUCGAACUGUUCCAGGAACUCACAAAUAACGGCUUGCCUACGGGAUGGAGCCAGUGUGGAUCCCUGAAUUUGGCCAGGAGUCGUGACCGAAUGACAGUCUUCCGCCGCAUGAAGUCACAGAGCACUGGAUGGGGCAUAGAAUGUAGCAUUUUGACACCGGAACAGUGCAAGAAUAUCUUUCCGCUUCUGGAAGUGUCCGAUAUUCUGGGCGGUUUGUGGAUUCCCAGUGAUGGCGUGGCAGAUUCCACACUCAUCUGCAAGAGCCUCCUGCGGGAAGCUCAAAAGAUGGGUGCAACAGUUGUGGAAAAAUGCUCAAUUAGGCAUAUUUCCCAAGCAGAAGGACGAGGUCAGGCUAUAGAAACGUCCCUAGGAACUGUCUUCGGGACGUAUUUUGUCAAUUGUGCCACUCUCCAUGCUCGGGAAGUGGGUCUCCUCUCAGAUCCCAUUGUUAAAGUUCCUCUCCAUGCCGCUGAACACUAUUACUUGCACACAAAGCAAGUGGAUGGAUUGUCAGCAGAUGCUCCAGUAAUUCGUGAUCUCGACGGACAGAUCUUCUUCCGAGAGAAUGAAGGAAGACUCCUAGCUGGAGGAUAUGAGCAGAAUGCAAAGCCAGCCUUUGAGGAUGGAAUUAUUCCACAAAAUGCUGCAGCAAUGCAACUUCCAGUAGAUUGGGAUCACUUUCACGUGCUCCUGGAGGAACUGAUAAAGCGCGUUCCAUGCCUGGAGGAGACCUUCCUGGAUAGACUCUCCAAUGUACCCGAAGUUUUUUCUCCGGACGGAAAGUGGAUUGUUGGCGAGAGUCCAGAGAUUCAAAAUUACCUCGUGGCCACGGGGAGUCAGAGUGUUUCAGCUGCUGGAUUGGGUUUUGCCAUUGCCGACAUCAUCACUCAGGGCUACUCGACAGUGGACAUUCAUGAGUUGGACAUUUCUCGGUUUCUGGGUCUCCACAACAAUCGCAAAUUCCUCAGAGAGCGUGUCAGGGAAGUACCGGGACUUCACUACGCCAUCCCGUAUCCUUUUCAGGAAUUGGAAACAGGUCGAACUUUGCGGAUGUCACCCAUAUUUCCAGCCUUCAAAGAGGCCGGUGCUGUAUUUGGUCAAACCAUGGGCUACGAGCGCCCUUCCUGGUUUGACCAGAAGCACAGCGUCGAUGACAAUGGUGUGCCAAAGUAUCGAAUCGCGGCCACGAAGACUUUUGCUAAGCCUCCGUGGUUCAAUUUUGCAGCGGAAGAGUACAAUGCUUGCCGCGAAAAGAUUGGUCUGUGUGACUAUAGUUCCUUCACCAAGGUCGAUAUGUGGUCAAAGGGACGCGAAAUUGUGGAUCUGCUGCAGCAUCUGUGCUCAAAUGAUGUUGAUGUACCCGUGGGGACAAUCAUUCAUACGGGAAUGCAGACCAAACAGGGUGGAUAUGAGAAUGACUGCAGUCUAGCACGAAUUGGACCCAGUCACUAUUUUAUGAUCGCCCCGACUAUUCAGCAGACUCGCUGCAAAGCCUGGAUCGAGCGACAUAUGCCUCCGGGUGGGCAGAUAAGUUUGUCUGAUGUGACAUCCAUGUACACAGCCAUCUGCAUCAUGGGCCCCUUCUCGCGUAUCAUGCUCUCAGAGCUCACGGAUACCGAUUUGGCGCCCAAGAACUUCCCCUUUUUCACGUACCGCGAACUGGAUGUUGGUCUGGCCAAUGGGAUUCGUGCCUUCAAUCUGACACAUACCGGAGAACUGGGAUUUGUUCUGUACAUUCCCAAUGAAUUUGCCCUGCACGUGUACACGAGACUUCUGGAAGCAGGAGAGAAAUACGGCAUAAGGCACUGUGGCUACUAUGCUAUGAGGGCACUUCGUGUGGAGAAGUUCUUUGCCUUCUGGGGACAGGAUUUGGACACAUUCACCACCCCAUUGGAAUGCGGAAGGAUGUGGCGUGUGAAAUUUGAUAAACCAUUUCAUUUUAUUGGACGGGAUGCUCUAAUGAAGCAGCGCGAUGAAGGUGUUCAUCGCCUGUAUGUGCAGCUUCUGCUCAAUGAUCACGAUUCCGAGGUGGACAUGUGGCCAAUGGGUGGUGAGCCAAUCUUCCGCAAUGGUGAUUUCUGUGGUCAGAUCACUACUGCCAGCUAUGGGUUUACGUUCAAGCGACAGGUAUGCCUGGGAUUUGUGCAGAAGCUCCAUCCGGAGACGGGGGAGAGGGAAAAAGUGAGCAAUGAAUAUGUUUUGAGUGGGGACUAUGAAAUUGAAAUUGCGGGCAUUCGAUUUGGAGCCAAAGUCAAUCUGCAUUCGCCAAAUCUUCCGACCAAAUAUCCCGAUCAGGAACGCGAGGCUUACAAAGCAACGAGGGAUAAGAGUGACGAAUCAUCGGUGAUGGCUCCAAAACUUUCAUGGUAAUAGAAGCUCAAAUUUUUUUUUAAAAAUCUUCUUUUACAACAUUUUGGCAAUUUUCAACGCACACAAAAUCAUUUGUUUCCAAUUGAGAGACGCUUCAUUUUUUCUUACAAAAAGUUAUUCUUUUCGAGUGAUA